UUCUUGGUCCUCCUCCGGGUCGGGGCCGCUCUCUCUCCUGCGCCUCUAUGGUCCUUUGCAGAAAGCAGCCCAGAUUCAGAGCAGAGCCUUCUUUCUUUCUUCUUUCUUUCUGCCCCAAAAGCAUUGCAGCCCCCUUUGGACUCCAAAGACCCCCCAAAUAAGGCUACCUAACGUCAUGCCGCUGCUCUGUCCGUUGCACGGUAGUGAGCUCUGGCAGACAUGAUGGACGCCAGCUACUGCUGUGGCUACCGACCGAGGCCUUUGGCCCUUGCGCUGCUGCUGCUUCUGAGCCUGCUUGGCUUCCGUGUGUCCCAGGGUGGCGACUGCAAGGGACACCGGCAAGUCCUGCGCGGUGCAUCGGGUUUCGUGACGGACGGGCCGGGCAACUACUCCGUCAAUGGGAACUGCGAGUGGCUGGUGGAAGCGCCCAGCAGCAGCUACCGCAUCCUGCUGAGCUUCAUGUUCAUGGACACGGAAUGCACCUACGACUACCUGUUUGUGUACGACGGGGACUCCCCGCGCAGCCCCCUCCUGGCCAGCCUCAGCGGGAGCACCCUCCCCCCCACCAUCGAGGCCACCUCCGGGAAGAUGCUCCUGCACCUCUUCAGCGAUGCCAACUACAACCUGCUGGGCUUCAAUGCCUCCUUCUGGGUCUCGCUGUGCCCGCGGGGCUGCUCGGGGCGCGGGCAGUGCGACCAGGACGGGCGGUGCAUCUGCAGCCGAGGGUGGGGCGGCCCCGACUGCUCCCUCCCCCAGUGCUCCACCUACUGCCUCCUCCACGGCACCUGCAGCCAGGAUUUGGGUCGGUGCCGCUGCGACGGGGGCUUUGUGGGGCAGGCCUGCGACUUGGCCCUGAGCGAGAACCAGGGGGCCGGGAAGUGGUACAACGUCAGCGGGAGGGACCCCGCCUUCCGCCCACGCACCGCCGCCGCAGGGGCCUUCCUGCCUUCCACUGGCGCGCUCUACGUCUUCGGAGGUUUGGACCUCAACACGGCCCUGGGAGACUUAGUUUUCUAUAACUUCACCACUAACGUCUGGCACCGGCGGGUGCUCAGUCCCUCUCCGUCGGCCCGCCACUCGCACGUGGCCGUGUCCUGGGAGGGGUCGCUGGUCCUCUUUGGGGGCGAGCUGGCCUCGGGGCGCCUGGCCAACGACGUGUGGGCGUACUUGCCCCGAGAGGGACGCUGGCAAGAGAUGCGGCCUUCCAACAUCUCCGGACCCCCUCCGCCGGGAGGCCUGGCUGGACACGCGGCGGCCGUAGUGGACAAUUGGCUCUACGUCUUCGGAGGCCGCACCUCGGUGGACGUCUUCUCCUCGCAGAUGUUCCGCUUCCACCUGCGGUCCUGGUCCUGGGAGCUGGUGGUCCCUUCCGGUGGGAAACCCCCAGCCGCGGCCGGCCACUCCAUGGUCUUCCACCCACCCUCACGGACGCUGGUCAUCUACGGCGGGCACCGGCCCUCCACCGCCAGGUUCAGCGUGCGCGUGAACACCACGGACCUGUUCCAGGUGGACCUGCGCUACUGGAGCACCUUGCGGGCCAAGGACUCCCACCGCGGACCCCGCGAGAGGGCCUUCCACUCCGCCACCGUCAUCGGGAACUACAUGGUGGUCUACGGCGGCAACGUGCACAUCCAUUACCACGAGGAGAAGUGCUACGAGGAUGAGGUCUUCUUCUACCACCUCGGCUGCCACCAGUGGGUCUCCGGGCACGACCUGGCGCCCCACGUCCACCACGAGGCGGAGGGCAAGGGCCCGGCCGUGGCUCCGGUGGGGGGCCGCUACUCCCACGUGGCGGCCGUCAUGAACGGGAACGUGCUGCUGGUGGCCGGCGGGUACAGCGGGGUCCCACGCGGAGACCUCCUGGCCUACAAGGUGCCCACCUUCGUCUUCCAGGUGCCCUCCCAGAUGUACCAUUUGGAUUACUGCUCCAUUUACACCGAGCAAACGACGUGUUCCAAGGACCCCGAGUGCGCCUGGUGCAUGCGAGUGUGCCAGAGCACGCAGCCCCGCAGCAUCUGCCCCAACCUGGGCUGCCUGGGCCUGGCACGGCUGCUGACGGACUGCCAGUCCUGCCUGGCCUUUGGGGGGGCCAACGCCUCCUUGCCCCGCGCCCCGGGGCCCUUCGGGUGGUGCGUCCAGAACGAGACCUGCAUGCCGCUCUCGGGUAAGCCAGCCCAGCCGCGCCUCCGCUCUUGGCCAUCCAUUGCAAGGCGUAGCAGCCUCUGCAACAGGGAUUUGCAACGGGAUCUCAGUGGGGCUCCCUCUCCGCUGGGCAUCAAUGCAGCCUGA